AGUCAGACCGCAUAAAGAAGCCGGCGUCAGACGCUCGACUCGUUAUUGUGCAUCGCACCAGUUGAGGUCCAGUCGUCAGUCAUGCGUUGCUGCUGCCUGUUGGUUUUGUCGCUGUUGGCCUGCAGCUGCCGGGCCUUGAACUACACGGGCUCGGCGUUCACCUACCACCCCCUCAAUGGCACGAACAACACGGCGGUCGUUCGCUACAAGGUGGCCUUCCAGGAGUGCAACAACGUCACCUUGGUGAACUGUCAGGGGGAGCUCUGCACAGUCAACUCGGUGUCUGUGAACUUUGUGGACGAGAACAGCGGAGAGUGGUGUCAAUAUGAAGUCAUUGUGCAUGUGAACAACUCCGAAGCACCUUUUUAUCUGGCACUAGAAGGCAUCAACUGGAUCGACAAUAUCAACAAUAUCACGGACGUGCACGCCUCGACACACCUCGAGCUGAGGACGAGGUCCGACACAGGUCGGCCAAAUUCGUCCCCCCGGACCACCAUGCUUCCCAUCUACAGGGUCCCGUCCGACUGCUACAGAGUAAUAAGGCUGCCCAUGUAUGACACAGACGGAGAUCGCGUUAUGUGCUUUGAGAAUUACAAAUUUCCCAAAGUUCUUCAUCACAAAGACGAUGGUCAUUUAGUCUAUCACGGCGUCUUCAAGGACGACGCGGAGGGCACAUACGCUGUAGAGCUGAUCAUGAAGGAUUUCCCACACGACGACUUGGGUCUAACUGACGCAAAUGGGGUCCAAACAUUUCACUCAUAUACGUAUCCCCUCAGCGAGGUCCCCGUUCAGUUUGUUCUGAAGGUGGAUCCACCAGUGGGGUCGUGUAGGCAAGGGGAUAUUGUACCCAGGUUUGAGCUGCCUACACCUGAAGAUGAAGCUCACCUUUACGCCUUUGUGAAUCAUACGCUGAACAUUGACAUUCGUGCAAGGGCGGUGAGAUCAAGCAUCAAACAAGUGCUGUUCAGCGGGCCGGCUGGCAUAGAGAAGAAGGAUUUAGGCGGCGGCGACUUUGUUUUGUCCUGGACACCGACUGUAGAAGAUUCGGGCCUACGUCACGCCAUCUGCUUUGUUGUUGAAGCGAUUCUAGAUCCAGAUCGCCAAAUUCACUCGGAGAUGCGCUGCGUCAUCGUAGCAGUUGACCACUUGUAUUUUGCCCUGGAUGCCAGGGUGUUGGUCCGAAGCCACUCAUCUGUUCAAUACGUCAUCGAACAACUCGGUUUAAAGGGGUUGAAGGAGUUGCUGAUUAAGCAAGGACUGCCCAACGACAUCCAAGUGCGAUUGGGGGAGAUAGAUAAUGAAUAUUACGGACACAAGCCGGCAAGAUAAUGGCAAGAUAAUGCCGGUUACACAACGAUAACGGUAACUAAGUCUGUAAUGCCUUUUCGUUGACGAAUAAAAUCGGGACUAAAUGUGAUUUAGAAAAUAAAAUUAGGAUAAAAUGUCAUUUUCAUUUACCAAAACGAGAUGUGACAAAAUGUCAUGCUAAAUCCCGAUGUCGUUUGAUUAUCUUCAAUCCCGAUCGGUAUGACGGCGUACUAGUCACCAAUAGUAUCAGACUUGUAUUUUUUUUUUCUUUUUCUGAAGAGUACUAAAUAUUAUUUGAUGUUUUAAGCACCUUGCUAGUUUUCUCGGUGAUCGCGUGUAUUGUUUAGGGCUUCUGAUUACCUAGUAGCAACUUCUGUAUUACAAGUCAGGUUACGCUUAGUUAACCAGUCAUUAGGCACCUUAAUAAGGUAGCAAUAUCUUUGUUUUUUGUAAUUUAAUAGUCAAGGCUCAUUAAAAGAAUGAGGCCAAUUGUCAUAUUUAACUUGUUGCUGCACAACCAGUUGGGGCAGAGCUGAUGCGCCACGCUCUCAAUGAGGCCUGGAGCAGAAUUUGACACUUUUGAAUUUGUAUUACCUCUCUUCGAUAAUAAAAAAAAAACAAGAGAAAA